AUGUCCACAGAGAAGAAGCCAAAGAAGAAGAAGCCAGAUGCAGAGUCAGCGAAGGCGAACAGUGCUAAAGGAGCAGAGGCCAAACCCAAGAAAGCAAGCAAAGCCAAGAAGAAUGAGGAGGCUUCAGAAGGAGACGAGAGCACUCCUGCAAAGAAUGGAAAGACUGUAAAGAAAAAGAAAGCUGAGAAAGAUAAAGAGGAAACAGCUGAGAAAGAACCAAAAAAGAAAACGAAAAGUGCUCCAAAGAAAAAGAAAGACUCUGAUGAUGAAGAAGAAGAAGAAGAUGAUGAUGAUGAUGAAGAGCAGACCCCUCAGAAAAAGACUAAGAAAAAAGCCACAAAAGAGAGCACACCAGCUAGCUCUAAGGACAAAAAGACAAAAACCAAAGAAAAUAAAAGUGAAUCUGAUACUAAAGGAAAACCUGCCAAGUCCAAAAAACAGGAGCCAGCUACCAUGUUCCAGAUUAAUGGUAACAAACCAGAUUUUGUCACCAAGAAGAAAGUAGUGAAGUCAGACAGUGAUGACAGUGAGCCUGAAACCAAACCCAGUAAGACCAAGAAGAAACCCACUGCCAGUCCGUCAUCCAUGUUCCAGACUGGGGGUGACAAAGAGAAGGCAAAGAAAGGAAAGAAAAAAAAUUCAGCUAAAGCAAAUGACAGUGAGGAGGAAAACAAAGAAGAAACAAAGAAGAAAAAAGGCAAAGGAAAGAAAAGCAAAAAGGAGGAGAGGCCUCCAUCCCCUGAGAUAGAAUUUGAUGACCUGGAGGAGUUUGUGCUGCAGCCAGCUCCUCAGGGCGUCACCAUCAAAUGCAAAGUGACUCGAGACAAACGGGGCAUGGACCGCGGCUUUUACCCCACCUAUUACCUCCACCUGGACAACGAGAAGAAGGUGAGAGUCUUUCUCCUGGCGGGUCGAAAACGGAAGAAAAGCGCAACGUCCAACUACCUGAUCUCCAUAGAUGCCACAGACCUCUCACGGGGAGGGGACAAUUAUAUUGGAAAGUUAAGGUCUAAUCUGGUGGGCACUAAGUUCACAGUGUUUGAUAAUGGUCUGAAUCCAGAUCGUGCUCUCAGAGACAUGUCCAAUGCCAGACAGGAGUUAGCUGCCAUCAUAUACGAAACCAAUGUGCUGGGUUUCAAAGGCCCAAGGAAGAUGACAGUGAUCAUCCCAGGAAUGGAUGAAGACAACCAGCGAGUGCCAAUUAGAGCUCGAAAUGAGAACGAAGGCUUACUAAUGCGUUACCAGAACAGACAGAUGGACAACCUGAUUGAACUUCAUAAUAAAACGCCCGUCUGGAACGACGAUAGCGCCUCCUACGUGCUUAACUUUUCUGGCCGCGUCACACAAGCCUCUGUCAAAAACUUUCAGAUUGUCCACAGCAAAGACAGUGACUAUAUUGUGAUGCAGUUUGGCCGCGUGGCAGACGAUAUGUUCACACUGGACUAUAACUAUCCCAUGUGCGCCGUCCAGGCCUUCGCACUCGCUCUGUCCAGUUUCGACGGAAAACUGGCCUGCGAGUAA